CAUGUUCAGAAUAGUUCAUGCCAUAGUCUUGAGGUGUCGUUUCAAUAAGAUCAUCAAUAAAUUUUUCUAGCUAUCAAUUUCCAAAUAACUUUCCUGGUGAGAAUGUCACGUGGACGUUUCAACUCUCGUCGGAGAGGAGGUUUUGAUCAGUUUAUGAUGAACGGAGAGUUUUUGAGAGUUUCAGAUGAAACAUGCAACAAGCUUAAGCACAUACCUUGUACUGCUGCAGCUGAAGAAACUCCUGCCAUUGCAAUAGACUGGGAAGCUAAGAAAAGGGAAGAUGAAGAACAUAGUCGCAAGUUGUAUGAAGGUCUGCCUCCAGUAAAAAGAGACUUCUACAUUGAAGAUCCUGAAGUUGCCAGGCUCUCUAAAGAAGAAGUUGCCAAGAUCAGGUUUGAGAACCGGCAGAUCAGCGUGUCGUUCCGUGAAGCUGAAGAGUGCUUGGAUGCACCCAACCCUGUGACGACGUUCCGCCAGGCCUGGCAGCACUUCCCUGACAUCUUGGAGCUGCUCGAGGGUCGCUAUGAGAAGCCUUCGCCCAUCCAAAUGCAGCUCUGGCCCGUGCUGCUCCGGGGCCGCGAUGCUAUUGGCAUUGCUCAGACUGGAACCGGUAAAACUCUGGCAUUCCUGCUACCUGGAUUGGUGAACAUUCAAAACCAAGACCCUGAGACCAAGGUAUUCACAGGUCCCCGCAUGAUCGUGAUCGCACCCACCCGAGAACUGGCGCUUCAGAUUGACGAUGAGGUCAACAAACUACAGUACAGCAAGAUCAAAAGUGUGUGCGUGUACGGACAAGGAGACCGCGGGACGCAACUGAGGAAGCUCGCUGAUGGCGCGAUGGUCGUGGUGGCCACGCCAGGGCGGCUGGCCGAUCUGCUGCGCUCGCAGGAGGUGGACCUGCGGCGCGUGUCCUACGUCGUGUUCGACGAGGCCGACCGCAUGCUCGAUAUGGGCUUCCUGUGCCACCUCUCCCUCAUACUCAACUCCGUCAGGAAGGAUCGCCAGUUCGUAAUGACCAGCGCUACCUGGAACUCUGACAUCCACCACAUCGCCAAGUUCUACCUCACGGAUGAGAUUAUGGUGCGCGUGGGCGAGCGCGAGCUGAAGGCCACCUACACCGUCACUCAGGACGUCAUCGUGUGUGAGGAGGAUGAGAAAAAUGCUAAGCUGCUGGAGUUCUUAGAUACGCGGACGCCUGAUGACAAAGGUCUGGUGUUCGUCAACAGACGCUUGUCGUGCGAGCCUCUCUUCUCGACCAUCUUCGAACAUUUCGCGUCCAAGAAGCGCCCGUUGCUUUGGGAGCCUACGACGCUGUACGGCACCAUGCACCAGGAGGCCAGGGAACAAUCCCUCGACAUGUUCAGGAGGAGUGAAUCCAGGCUGCUUAUCUGCACUGACGUCGCCGCCCGUGGCCUCGAUGUCAUCGAUGUCACCUACGUGAUCAAUUACGACCUGCCGAGGAACCUCGAGGAGUACGUGCAUCGAGCUGGGCGCACGGGGCGGGCCGGCCGCUCGGGCUACGCGCUCACCUUCGUCACCUGGAGCGACCGUCAGCUGAUCCGACCCUUCAUGGAUAUUCUGAAUCGCUCCAACGCUCCCGUGCCUUCUGAGCUCGUUAGAAUGGCCGAUCGGGCCGACCGCGCGAAGGCUCGUCGGGAUAACGAAGGUGGCGGUCGAGACCGACGUGGUGGUGGUUUUGCUGGAGACAGAAAUCGGGGGAGGGAGAACUCAUCCUCCCGCGGUGCCUUCAGCGGCUCGUCCUACAGAAAUGAGACCCGAGGAACUUCGUAUCAAAGUGGAUCUUCGUAUGAUGAAUACAAAAGUGCCACUUUGCAUUGCCCCAUAAAGAAGAGAAAUGACUACUCUUCUCAAUCUAAUGCCUGGUUUGACAACCAUCAAGAGACGCCCAACAGCGAUGCAAUGUCGAUUAAUAAGCAUCAGACUUCCUCAUGCGCUGAAAUAACUUCGGAGAAAACCAUGACAUCUUCUGACUGGAUCGAAGACUCCUCAGCGCCUACCUCAUCAUUUCCGGUUAUGCAUGACAACUAUUCGGAUCUGAAAGCGCAAGGCCAAUUUCGAUCAAAUCGACCAAAAUUUCAAGACUCGCAUCGUCGGGUGCAAAAUCGCGGUAAUAAAAGCCCAGCUGCUCCAGGUUGCAUGGCGGCUCUGUCCAACCAAAUGUCUGGUGUCAAAAUCGGUCAAGAGAAUGAAGAAAUCUGGGGCGAAUAAGUGAACUGUCGAUUUCAUUUUGAUUUAACGAGAUAGGAAAGUUCCGAUUCCUACGGUACUGCUUUUUUGCAUCGUGAACCGAAUAAAUCUGCGAGGUUAUUAUUUUAGCUGAAUGUUUUCCUCUACUUGAAGUUUGGAAUUUCAUUGUCAUCCUAUUUAUUUGCAGUAAUUUUCUUUAUUUCUACGCUAAGAUCGUAAUCCAUGUUGUAAGGAUAGCUAAACGAUACAGGAUAAAACUGCGUAUAUAUUUUGUUAGUACAGUGAGCAUUGAAUUUGCAAGUUGAUUUUUUUUUGUGUUAGAGGUGCUGUUUGCAUUACUCUGUUAACUGACUAGAAUAAAUGAUUGCUUUG